GACUCACAAUGGGAAGUGGCUACUCUGACAUAUACAUAACCUACACGCAUACACACACACACAUCCACUCACGAACACACGUACUGAGGUUGUAUAGGACAGGUUCUUUCUGUGAUUGGAUUCUACUCUCUUGUAGCCAUGAAUAGACACAGGAAGAUGCAAGCAGGGGGCAUGCCAGCUAUGGGAGGGGGGCCGCCCGGACCCCCCCAGAUGGUGCCCAUGACCACGGUGGAGCUGAGCCUCUCUGCUAAGGGGCUCAAGAACAAGGACGCGCUGAGCAAGAGUGACCCGCUAUGCAUAAUGUACAUGAAGGAGACGGGGCAGGAGCGCUACACAGAGGCGGGGCGCACCGAGAUGAUCAAGGACACGCUCGACCCGCAGUGGAUAAGGAAGUUGGAGGCGAGCUACAGGUUUGAGGAGCGGCAGAUGCUGCGUUUUGCCAUUUAUGACUGGGACAGCAAGAGCAGCAACCCCGACGACCAGGACAAGCUGGGGACUGUGGAGUGCUCGCUGGGGGAGAUCAUGGGCUGCCAGGGGUCCCAGAUGAGCAGGACCAUCAGCGGAGGCAGCGGCGUGCUCAUCAUUCAGGGCGAUGAGGUUUCCGCAUCCAAGGAAGUUGUCACCAUGAACAUCACCGCCUCGGACCUCGACAAGAAGGACUUUUUGGGCAAGAGCGACCCCUUCCUCAUCUUCUACCGCUGUAACGACAACUCCUCCUACCUGCCAGUGCACAAGACAGAGGUUAUCAAGAAGACGCUGAACCCGGUGUGGAAGCCUAUCGUGGUGCCGGCAAGGACCCUAUGCGCCGGGGACCACAGCCGCAGCAUCAAGAUUGAGUGCCAUGAUUGGGACUCAGACGGCUCGCAUGACCUGAUUGGGGAGUGCUAUACAACACUUCAGAGGUUGCUUGAAGGUCCCGGCACCACCAACAUAUACCAAGUCAUCAACCCCAAGAAGAAAGCCAAGAAGUCGAGCUACAAGGACUCCGGCAAGCUCACCCUCCGGUCCAUCACCAUCCACGUCGAACCAUCCUUCCUCGACUACAUUCGUGGAGGGACGCAGAUCCACUUCACGGUUGCGGUGGACUUCACAGCGUCGAACGGAGACCCCCGCACGCCCUCCUCCCUCCACUUCCGCCAGCCUGGAGUGGAUAACCAGUACUCAUUAGCUAUCAAGGCCGUCGGGGAGAUCAUUCAGGACUAUGACACUGACAAGAUGUUCCCAGCGCUCGGGUUCGGUGGGCGCGUUCCCCCGGAGUGGGUUGUGAGCCAUGAGUUCUUCCUGAAUGGGAGCCCUGACAACCCCUACUGCCAAGGGGUAGCCGGGGUGCUGGACGCUUACCACCGCUCCCUACAAACAGUUGGUCUCUACGGGCCGACUAACUUCGCUCCGGUCAUCAACCAUGUGGCACGGUUCGCUCAGGCCCACCAGGACGGUAACAACUACUUCGUGCUGCUCAUCAUCACCGACGGGAUCAUCUGUGACCUGCCAGACACCCGCAAGGCCCUGGUGAACGCCUCGGACUUGCCCAUGUCGGUGAUCAUCGUGGGGGUCGGGAACGAAGACUUCUCGGCCAUGGAGCAGCUGGACGGUGAUGAGCAGAGGCUGUCGUCUGGGGGGAAGUACGCCAGCAGGGACAUCGUGCAGUUUGUCGAGCUGAGGCGACACUUGGGGGCGCGGGGCGGCCAUCACAGCCAGGCCUUGCUAGCCAAAGACGUCCUGGCAGAGAUCCCGCAGCAGCUUGUCUCUUGGAUGCGCACUCACGGAGCUUCGAAAGUACUUGGGAGCCAACAACCAGGAGCUGUCCCGAGUGUCCCUGGCCCAGGCGGUGCUGCGUGAGGUCCCGGCACAGCUCCUCGCCUACAUGCGCUGCCUCCACACCGUUAAGUAGGCGACGCACACACACACACACACACACACACACACACACACACACACACACACACACACCUGACAUACAUAUUCAUACCCCCAACACGAAGGUAUGUAUAUGUUGCACUUUUAUAUACAAUUUCCCCCUCUAUAGAUAUUCAUACAUACACACGUUGGCCUCCUGUUCAUAUGUAGCCCUGCGCACACACACACACACACACACACACACACACACACACACAGACAGACACCUGACCUGAGUUACCGGGUCUUUUAUGAUAUAGGUUUUAGUGACGGUUGCAGUUCAUUUUCCUUUCUCCUCAUUAACAUCUUUUAUAAUCGAGACACUCACGACAAUAUCCACUAUAAAUUCUCUUCAGACCAUCAAAAUAUACAUGAACAGUGACGCUGAAUUUUGCCAUAUGUAGAAGCGAGAACCCACAGCGAAAGGUUCCCUCAUGAAUUUGGGUUCACGGAUGAGUUAAGCAAGAGCUGGUUUGCUAAUAGAAUAGUGGAUGAAGGGAGGAGGUUAAUCAGAUAUCUAGUUAGUGAAAAUAGAGGUUAGAUGGAUUUAUGAACAAGGACAACAAAGGGUAGAUUAUUGUCUCUCAGGAGUUGUCAUAUGUAAGCUGACUGGCCUCUUGUGUUGUGGUCUUGUGUGUCAUUACUCUGCCCGGGGGUAGAAGAAGAGAAGAAGAAUACAA